UUUUCUUAACUUUCCCAUACCGCUAUUUCUCCCUGUGUACACAUGCAGUGGCAUAGGUAUGGGCAUGUAUUGGCCGAUCCCAGCCGAUGGGCAUGUGCCUGGGGCGGGUUAUCAAUAUGGCACGGCCCGGCUGCAUCCCGUAGGUUUAAAGUAUAGCUCCUAUUUAAAACGCGCUUUAGUCACAGUUCGGAUUUUGCCAGCAACAGCACGGCGACGAUAAUCGGUGAUUAUACGGCGGAGAUUAUACGGCAAAGAUUACACGGAGGAAUACGCGACUCCACGAGAGAGUGUGUUGUGUGUGAGAGAGAGAGUGUGAAAAGAAGAUGUCGCAGACUUUGGACGAUCUGCUACUGCGCCAGGAGCAUGCCCGGCAACUCCGCCAGGCCUCGCGCUCCAAGUUCCGGCGCAUCAAUUCCCUGGACCUAAUACCAGAGCAUCCCAGUCAAUCGGAGGAGGAGGAGGACAAGGACGCGCAGACGCCGCAUCGACACUUUGUGACCCUGCGACGUCAGCGAACGGCGGAUGGCAGUCUCCUGCGAAGCCAGUUCCAGACGCAGGCACCGCCGCAGCCCAGCUUUGGGACUCGGGUGCUCCUCUUCGGUCCCCAGCUGCUAAUGCGUCUGGUGUUGACCAUCCUGAGAUACGUCCUGUACAUACCGCUCUCCAUAGCGGCUCCCAGCUUCUGGCUGUCUGCCCUCCUCUGGAUCUUCUGGAAACUAUUAAGGGUGCCCAUUGCCCUGGUCAAGUGGCUGUUAAGCGGUGAGGAGGAACUGGGCUCAGUGCAGCGCCAGAAGACCAUUCUCCUGAGCUGCGGAAGCACCAUUCAGACUCUUCAUUUGGCAAGGAACUUCUACAGUUCUGGAGCUCGUGUGGUUGUGUUUGAAUUCGAAGGACUAUUCGGCCUGGCCCGCUUCUCCACGGCGGUGGAUAAGUUCUACGUGGUGCCCCGACCCACAGCCAGCAAUCCUGACCAGUACAUAGCUGCCUUGUGCCACAUUGUUAAGAAGGAGCGGCCAGCGGUCUACAUACCCGUUUGUGCCACCAGUCCGGCCUAUUACGAUGCCCUUGCCAGACCACACCUGGAGGUGCUCGGCUGCUCAAGCUUUAUUCCGGGAGUACAGGAGACCCAGCAGCUGGACGACUGCAUGCAGCUCUUCCAGAGAUGCGAGCAACAACAGAUGGCCCUGCCAGCUCAUGUCGUCCUCACGGCACCUAGACAGCUGCAGCAGAUCUACGAGAGCGGAUUUGUGGGCAGCUACAGGAACAUCCUGAUGGCCGCUGGAAUGCAGGGAGUGCUCGAGCGGCACAAGUAUAUAUUGCCCAACCGGAGGGCGGAGCUUAAGCUGAACCAGCACGAGAUUAGCGAGCGACAGCCAUGGCUGGUGGUCAGGGAUCAGCCGGGCUACCAUCACUACGUGACCUGCACCACCGUCAAGGACUCGCGGGUGGUGGCCAAUGUCAGCUGCCGUGUGGAGCAUCACACCAAGAACCUCAUACCCGUGCCCAGCGACGACGAGGCCCAAAUCGAGCUCUGGCUGCGCUCCUUCUUCGCCAAGGUACGCUUCCAGAGGCCCAUCAAUGGACACAUUAGUUUCCGCCUGGUCAAGAGUCCCGCCCAUGGUGGACAGUUCGUGCCACUGGGCACGCGACUGGGCGUGGCCCUGCCCUACAUAUGCCACAAUCGAUCGCAUGCCCAGCUCCUGUGCCGCGCCAUGAAGUGCAUCCACCGGCGAGGACUGCCCGAGGACGAGCUGCCCAACUGGAGCUGGUCGGCGCUGGAGCGGAGCACCUCGACGACGGCCCUGGACAAGCGGGAGGCGCUGUUCGCCUACUGGGACCCGUUGCCGUACUGCGCCUACUAUCACUUCCAGCUGCCGCUCGAGAACGUGAAGCUAUUUUUGCAGCGCCGGAAUCGCGCCACAGCCAAAAGUUUAUCGCCCCGCAUCACGGUGCCGGUUCAUUGAACGGACGAGGAGGGAGAGAGGGGAGCCACUGCAUCCGAGGAUGGGGAGCAACAGGCACGGGAGCACGGAGCAGGGAGCAGGGAACAGGGUGGGGCCAGCGAGAGAGAUUACACAGACUGAUCAAUAAUGGAAACAAUAUAUAUAGUACAUAGUAUAUAUUUUUGCAUUUUAUACUAUUUCUUUUUUUUGUUUACGCCAAUGGGGUUCAACAUCCAUCUAAGAAGAUUAGGCUCUUUAAAAAAAAACAUAUACCACACGAACUCACACAACCACACCAACA